UGAUGUCAGAGACGUGAGAAGUCCGGAAGUGCAGUUAGCAAGGUGGCACUCCACUGAAGCUGUGUGCUAGCUGCAAACUGAAUAACAUGUCACAAUGGCAGUCCAUCUUUAUAGUCUUGGGAGCGUGUGGGUUUUACUGCAAACGAAACAAAUGAGGAAACUGUUAGCCUCAGUUACAAGCUAAGCAAGACGCCGAGGGUGUUGAUGACGGGCAUGUGUGACGGCUUGAAAAGCCCUCAAGAGAGCAUGGCAGAUAUGAGUCCUGUGGAGAGCUUCAGGGUCCCGAGCAAGGAGGAGCUGAGGGAGCUGAGGGAGCAGCCUAUUGAUCCACAGGCCGAGCAGGAGAUCAUCGACAGCAUAGAGGAGGUGUACUUCUCCAACGACUCCAUUGACAUGGUGCAGUACGAGCUUGAGAAACUUCCCCCUGAUCUGAACCUGCAGGAGCUGGAAGAGUACAGAGAUAAGCUGAAGAGACAGCAAGCAGCCGUUUCAAAAAAAGUUGCUGACCUUAUUCUAGAGAAACAGCCGUCCUAUGUUAAGGAACUGGAGCGAGUUACAUCCCUGCAAACCACACUGCAACUAGCUGCCGUUAUCUGCACCAAUGCUCGAAGGCAGCUUGCUUUUGCUAAAGAAGGCUUCACCGAAGCAAGUCUUGGACUCCUGGCCAACCAGAGACGCAGGCAGCUGCUGACAGGAUUGCUAAAGUCUUUAAGGACCAUAAAGACACUGCAAAGGACAGAUGUCAGACUGAGUGAGAUGCUGGAGGAGGAGGACUAUCCAGGUGCAAUCCAGUUGUGCUUGGAAUGUCAGAAGGCUGCCAGCACUUUCAAGCACUACAGCUGCAUAAGUGAGUUGAACUCGAAGCUGCAAGACACUCUGGAACAAAUCGAGGAGCAGCUGGAUGUAGCGCUGUCGAAAACCUGCAAGCACUUUGACGUCGCUCACUACACCAGAGUUCAGCAUGCGUACUCGCUAUUGGGCAAGACACAGACUGCGAUGGAUCAGCUUCACAUGCACUUCACCCAGGCCAUUCACAACACCGUGUUCCAGGUGGUGCUGGGAUAUGUGGAGCUGUGUGCUGGCAACGCUGACACCAAAUUCCAGAAGAUGCAGUAUAAGGAUCUGUGCACGCACAUCACUCCAGACAGCUACAUCCCCUGCCUGACUGACCUGUGCAAAGCAUUGUGGGAGGUGAUGCUCAGUUACUACCGAACCAUGCAGUGGCAUGAGGAGCAUGACAAAGAGGAGGUGAAGGAUGCUGACACAGAUGGUACUAGCACCGAAGGCUCAGAGGAAUCUACAGUGGGCCACAGCUAUGUGAAGAAAAAGCUUGAACAUGGCCUAAGCCGGAUUUGGCAGGACGUCCAGCUGAAAGUGAAAGCCUAUUUACUGGGGACGGACAUGUCGAACUUCAAGUAUGAUGACUUCAUUGUGGUGUUGGACGUUAUUAGCAGGCUAAUGCAGGUGGGAGAGGAGUUCUGUGGCAGCAAGUCUGAGGUGCUACAGGAGUCAAUUAAGAGGCAGAGUGUGAACUACUUUAAGAACUAUCACAGAACACGCCUGGAGGAGUUGCGCAUGUUUCUGGAGAAUGAAACAUGGGAAUUGUGUCCUGUGAAGUCCAACUUCAGUAUCACUCAGCUUCACGAGUUUAAGUUCAUGGGCCAGUGUCGUUCGCCGUCCGUGUCUCCGAGCAGGCAGCCAGCCUCCAGUGACCCUGACGAGCUGUCUCUCUUUGAGCAGUAUAUUCAGGGAGGAAACCCUUUCGAGAUGCAGAUCGACAAUAAAGAAGAGGAGAGUGAGGAUGUCCUGGCAUCCAAUGGGUACGAGUCUGAAGAGCUGGAGAAGAGUGUGUAUCAGGACUACGACAGUGACAGUGAUGUGGCAGACGAACUGAAGCAGGACUUUGUGGAUGAGCAGACUGGAGAUGUACCCAACAAGAGCGUGUCCAGAGAGACUCUACGCAGCAGAAAAAGAUCCGACUACAGCCUGAACAAAGUCAACGCCCCUAUCUUGACCAACACCACUCUUAACGUGAUCCGUCUGGUCGGCAAAUACAUGCAGAUGAUGAAUAUUUUAAAACCCAUCGCCUUCGACGUCAUCCACUGCGUGUCACAACUGUUCGACUAUUACCUGUACGCCGUGUACACCUUCUUCGGCCGGAACGACAUGCAUGCUCCAUCUCCAUCCACACCCACCUCAGGCAGCCGUCCGGCCGCUCCAAGACCGGGCUGCUGGUAUGAAUCAUCCGGACUGGGGCUGAUUAGCAGUAGACUGAGGACGACACUCAACCGCAUCCAAGAGAGUCUCAUAGACAUGGAGGCAGGAGGAGAGAACGCAGCCACCCACGGACCCUCUGAGGACAGAAAGGAGAAGGUGCCCAGCCCUCACCUGAGUCAGCUGGUGGUUCUGACGGCCAGCAGCACGCUGUAUGGGCUGGCAGAGCGCGUAGUCGCCACAGAGUCACUUGUGUUCCUGGCUGAGCAGUUUGAGCUCCUCCAGCCUCAUCUGGACACCAUGAUGCCUCCAGCCAAGAAACCUUUCCUGCAGCAGUUCUACUCCCAGACGGUGUCCACAGCCAGCGAGCUACGCAAGCCCACUUACUGGAUAGUGGCAGCUAAAGCCAUUGAUUAUGAGCAGAUGCUGCUGCUGAUGGCAGGAGUGAAAUGGGACAUUAAAGAGAUAAUGUCGCAGCACAACGUCUAUGUGGAUGUCCUUUUAAAGGAAUUUGAGGAGUUCAAUAAAAGGCUUGGCGAUGUCUCCAAACAAGUGCGGAUCCCCCUCCCUGUUUCAAACGUCCUCUGGGAGCACUGCAUCCGUCUGGCUAACCGAACACUAGUGGAGGGCUAUGCUAACGUAAAGAAGUGCAGUAACGAGGGCCGAGCACUGAUGCAGCUGGACUUCCAGCAGUUCCUCAUGAAGCUGGAGAAGCUCACUGACCUCAGACCCAUCCCUGAUAAGGAGUUUGUUGAGACCUACAUUAAAGCCUACUACCUGACUGAGAAUGACAUGGAGCAGUUUAUUAAGAACCACAGGGAAUACUCCAUGAAGCAGCUGGCCAACCUGGUCAACGUCUGCCUUGGCUCCCACAUCAACAAAAAGGCUAGACAGAAACUCCUCGCAGCUAUUGACGACAUUGACCGACCAAAAAGAUAAAUGACAGCAGGCCACCCAGGCUGAACGCGCGAUCACAAUGGAAAUCUGCUACAACUACAGAGUUAUCAGUUUGCAGUAUUUCACUCCUGACAUACGUUUGUUGCCUCUGUACAUUUUUGUGUGAAUGUAAGUGAUUCAUGGUCAUACUGUUGAUGAAGAGCUCUUUAAUGUUAGUGUGCAUCAAUAUCGGUUCGGUGAAUAUGUUAAAGAGUAAAACAUAAAAUGAAGGGAUCCCCUGGGCAAUUCUUUAAAAUGGAUGACUUUGCAAAGCUGCCCAGCAAUAAUAUGCUUUACUAUGAGAAAUUUCUGGAAACUGAAACACUCCAUCUAUAGAUGUAGGUCUAUUCUUUCAAAUACGCUACAUGUACAUUUUAGAACUGGUAAUGAAGCAUUUUCAUCUGCUAAGGGGGGAAAAACUUGUGGUUUUCAUGAUGUGGUCUUAAUGUCUGUUUCUUUAACCCUGUUACUCCAAGUUAUUAUGUUCUUUGCUUGUUCCUUUUAAACAAAAAUACUGAUUUUAUUAUUUAUAUCAGUGAUACAUAUGGACACAGCUAAUUGAUAGACUAGGACAUUUUGAAUUUUUUCUUCAUUGUAUAAGUUUUUUUUUUUUUUGGAAAAAAAAAAGAUUAAAACACUCGGUUGAAGGACUUAGCGUGCAAUUUGUGACAUAUAGUUUAUACUGUAUAUGUGAAUGUCAAAGCACCAUUGUAUUUAUUCCAGCUACUGGGUGUUACAGCUUUCAUUAAAAAAAAAUCAGAGUGUAAAAACAGUCAGUGUGUAGUUGCCUGAACCAGAAUAUUACUUUAUGCAUAUUACUACUUUACUGUAACAAGAUGAAAUCCAAGGCCCCGAAAUAAAUACACUAACAUUC